CUGUCUGUCUCUCUGUCUUCCUCAUCCAGGUCUUGGUGUAGAAAAAUCUCCUGUGAUUUUUACAGCGCAGGAAGCUUCCAUCCAAUCAGAGUGCAGAACGGGCUGGAAGAGCUGAUUGGUCUCCUUACCGUCUAAGCUCAGGUGUUGCUGAUACUAAACCAGACUGAAAAGCAGUGUAAGGACCAACAUCAGAGGAGGUUUCCUUUGGAGGAACAAAGGAACAAGGAUGAAUAACCUCUCUGUGAUUUUUCUGUCAGGUCUGAACGAAACGAGGGUUCACAGACCCACUCUUUUUGUUCUCAGUCUACUUUGUUACUGCUUGAUUCUUCUGGUGAAUGUCUCUCUUGUCAUCAUUAUCAUCUUGGAUAAGAGCCUCCAUGAACCCAUGUACAUUCUGCUGUGUGCUUUUUGCAUAAAUGGGCUUUAUGGGACCACAGGUUUCUACCCUAAAUUUCUGUGGGAUUUGUUGUCACCUGUUCAUAUGAUAUCUUACUAUGGAUGCUUGAUUCAGGCUCAGGUCAUGUACUCCUUUGCUUGCAGUGAUCUGUCCAUUCUCUCAGUGAUGGCGUAUGACAGAUACGUGGCCAUAUGCCGCCCGCUGGAGUACCACUUUCGCAUGUCUAAGCAGAAUGUUGUUCUGUUGGUGUGUUUUUCUUGGUUUACACCCUUCUGCAUCAUGGGUCUGAAUGUUUUUCUGACUUCCAGGCUGAAGUUGUGCAGCCCUCAUCUGUCCAGACUCUUCUGUGUGAACUGGAGUAUCGUCAGGCUUGCUUGUCCACAGGAAGAUACAACCGCAAACAACAUAGUUGCUAACAUGACAAUAAUUAUCUACGUAUGUCAUGGUUUAUUUAUUGUCUGGUCUUAUAUGUAUCUUGUUAAAACUUGCAUGAAUUCAAUUGAAAAUCGAGCAAAGUUCAUGCAGACUUGUGUGCCUCACCUGGUCUCCCUCAUCACCUUCCUGGUGACUAUUCUCUUUGAUCUCAUGAACAUGCGACUUACCUCCAAAAAUUUAGACCAAAUCUUCCAAAACUUCAUAGCCAUGGAGUUUCUGCUCAUACCUCCCAUCAUGAAUCCUCUCAUUUAUGGCUUCAAGUUGACUAAAAUUCAAAGAAAAAUAGCCAAACUCACCACAUUUAGAUCGAAGUGACUGUUGCGCAUGGUCACUGCCAGAAUCAGAAAUGUGCAGACUGUUUGCCACCAUCCUUUGUGCUUUUGUUUCAUUUUAUUUUCCAAUUAUGUGUGAUCUCUCUCCUCAUAAAUCUUUGUUCGCUGUUGAAUUAAAGUAUAACUUAGGGGAAAUCUUUAAAAAAAUUGUAGGCCUUUAAAGCUGUUUCUAAAAGUGGGUUUUCUCCGUUUUUGUUACUCUGUUAGAUUUGGGUCAAAUUGUCCUGCAC